AUGGUGCAUAAAAGACGUUCCUCAGCAGUAAAAGAUGCCUCAAAUAACUAUUUCAACUACUCACCCAUUUACUCUAUGAAUGAGAGCAGAGAAAUCCUAGAACAUGACAUGCUUCCUGAGCCCCAAAGCACCACCUAUAGACAAUAAAAGGUUUAUCUCUAUAAAAGAGCUGCAUCUCAAUAAUCUUUGCUUUCAAAAAUCCCUCGUUAAGAGUAUCAAGAUACUCCCGAGACUUUCUUGCAACCGCUGAUGGACCGUAAAAAUUCAAUACAAAAUAUCUUAAUUGAUAACAAGGCUUAUAAAUGUUUCACAAGCACAAGUCCAAAGUUUCAAGGUAUAUAAACUGAUCACGAAGGUAGAAUUAUUUCGAGAAAGAUGAUUGGAAAUGAGGAAAUGUACAGAGAGGGUGAAGGCAAGGUCAAGAACAUAAUGAAUCUAAAGCUAUUGACUAAUAAGAAUACAAUGAGAUCUAUGGGAGGUCUCGCAAAUAAAAAUAAGAUAAAAUAACACAUAAACAACAAUAGCAAUAAUUUGAAUGACCUUUAAGGCUCUAAUCAGACUAGCGUGCAAGGAGCAGCUGGUAUGGCUAUCAGUACUAUUUCAGAGGAGAAAACUUAAAAGACUCACAAGCAUAAAUCAAUCAAGUUUCCUGACUAAAGUGUAAGAGAUUUGAUAGGCAGCAUCCAAGAUAGAAUGAAGUUAAGUCAGAAUCUAUCAACUACAUAGUUAAACUUUAACAAUACAGGCAUAACUGCUGUGACAAAUUUAACUAGAGUGUCAACAAUAGGCAGCUUGCUCAAAGAAAUAAAGCAAGAAAGAGUGCUGAAGUAGCAUUAAGAGACUUAAAUGGAGUGGGAGUAAAGAGCUUUCAAAAUAAAUAAGAGAAUCUUUGAUAAUUCAAACAAAAAACCUACUCUAAAGAAAUUGAAGAAGCAAAAUACCCAAACAUUUCAGUCAGUUAUGAUGAGAGAUAAGCAUCAUCAAGAGAAGGUUCAACUCUCUAAAGGAGUUAAUCACUUACGUGACUUGUAGCACAUGAAUCAAAAUGUAGGUUGGAUCUUUUCUCUGAGAUAAUCUGAUUAAGAUGACUAAAGAAAAUCCUAGCAGUAUCUGCCCUCAUGCACUUCAAUAAACGCUGUGAUUGUACCCAAAAGAUAGAACAUUCCUGAGCUCUUUGUAAAGCCAAAAUACUCAUCAGAUGAAGAGGAUGAUGACUAUGAAAAGGAUUUAGAAAAGGAUGACUGCUUUGAACAGGAUUAAGAGCUAGGUGAAAAUUACAAAACAUUUAAUGGCCAUUAAAUUAAUUACUCGCCUAAUGGGAAAGCUAAAGUUAAUGGUCACUAGGGUUACUAUAGCCACGAAAUCUCAAGGAUUUAGCAUAAUAAUACAACAAUCCAUCAUAAGAAAAACGUAUCAAGUACGAAUUUGGUUUAAAGAAUCAUUCCAGCUGAAAAUACAAGAGGUAUAGGGAUAAUGGUGAGUAAUCUUGAUCCCAAUACAUCUAGAAAUAUUGUUUGCUAGGAGUAGUCUAAUUUGAGCACUAAUAGACUAACUCUGAAGGAUUUCUCAAUUACUUAAGCUGAUUAUAUAAAUAAUAAUAGCCAAAGAAAGCUAUUCAGAAUAAGCUCUCAGCCAUCAAUAUAAAGAUGGCAGUCUUAUAAGUAGGUAGUCUCUGAGGAUAAAGAGAAGCUACAGAAUGUGAUGAUAUGUCCAAACAUCAAUGAGCUGAAAAGAUUGAGAAUAAGAGGUAGAAGUAAGCUUAUAAAUGAAGUAGAGUCUUGUAUUUAGAUUCCAGAAAAUACCAGAAGAUUUAUCCUCAAUCAUCAAUAUACUGAGGAUGGCAUUGGUGAGCCUGUUGAAAGGGAGGAAAUCAUUGCUGAGUAUUAUGAGAAUCAGUAUGGCGUUUAAUGA